AUGCCCAAAGCCGCUGGUGGAAAAGCCCUUGCCGUCAAGCAUAAAUUUGUGAUCGACUACUCUCGCCCAGCAAGCGACGGUGUCUUCGAUGGCGCUGACUUCGAAAAGUUCUUGCACGAUCGUAUCAAGGUCGAGGGCAAGGCUGGUCAGCUCGGUGAAAACGUCAAGAUCGUUCGGGAUGGCAACAGCAAAAUCACUGUUACCUCGAACAUCCCUUUCUCAAAACGCUACCUCAAGUACUUGACGAAGAAGUUCUUGAAGAAAAACACCCUGCGCGACUGGAUCCGGCUACGUUUCUACAACAUCGCAAAUUGCAGUCGCGAUGGCGAGGACGAAGACGAGGAGUAA